AUGGGCUAUGCAGAAGAAGUUUCUGAUUCUACUGAAAGUGAAGGUCAAAUUUGGUAUAUUAAUCAUCAUGGCGUUUAUCACCCUGGAAAGAAGCAAAUUCGUGUUGUAUUCGACUGCUCAUCUAAAUUUCAAGGAAUCUGCCUUAACGACGUUCUGUUACAGGGGCCGGACCUGGCCAAUAACUUGGUUGGUGUUCUGUCAAGGUUUCGCAAAAAUGUGGUUGCUGUACAGGGAGAUAUUCGCUCAAUGUUUUUACAAGUGAAGGUACCCGAAAAACACAGAAAUUAUCUUAGAUUUUUCUGGUGGGAAGACCGUGACACAAAUAAACCCAUGAAAGAAUUUCGCAUGACAGCUUAUCCAUUUGGAACGGUUUGCAGCCCAAGUUGCUGUAAUUAUGCAUUGAAACAAUCUGCCGAAGACAAUAAACAUGAUUUUGAUAUAAGUGUCAUAAAUGCAAUUAACGAUUCAUUCUAUGUGGAUGAUUUUUUCGAUUCAAGACCAAAUGCCGAAAGUGCCGUUUCUCUCGUGAAAAAUAUUUCUGCUGUCUGCGCAAAUGGCGGAUUUGAAGUUUUAAAAUGGAUCAGUAAUGAUCGCAAUGUUAUUGCCGAAAUUCCUGAAGAUAUGAGAUCAAAGAAUUUGAAAAAUUUAAAUUUAGCUGUUGACGCUUUACCUCUUGAACAUGCUCUAGGUAUGAUUUGGAGUGUUGAUGAAGACACCUUGUGUUUCUCUGUUAAUCCUGAAGAGAGACCUUGUAAUAGACGUGGCAUGUUAAGUGUCGUGAAUUCUAUUUUUGACCCAAUGGGCCUGGUACAGCCAGUGCUUCAGCCUGUGAAGGUUCUAAAGCAAAUGCUUUGCAGACAGAAGUUCAGUUGGGAUGACCCAAUACCGCCGGGAGUUGAACAAGAAUGGCUAAAAUGGCUUUCGGAGUCGCCUAAACUGAAGGAAUUUGAUGUACCAAGAUGUUUUGUACCCGUGGAUUACGGUGAAGUUGUAGAAACUCAAAUUCAUCAUUUUUCGGAUGCGUCUGAAAAAUCAUAUGGCGCCGUGUCCUAUCUCAGGAUGUUGAAUUCAACUGGACAAAUACACUGUGUGUUACUUUGUGGAAAAUCUAGGCUAGUACCAUUGAAAGGCUCGACAAUACCUAGACUCGAACUGUGUGCAGCAACUAUUUCUGCGCGCAAUGAUAAAUUUUUCAGAAAUGAGCUUAAAAUUGAAAUUUCUGCAUCCUAUUUUUGGACAGAUAGUACGACGGUGUUACGCUAUUUGGCUAAUGAGGAUGAAGUAUUUAAAACUUUUGUUGCUAACAGAGUAAAUCUAAUCAAGGAAGUUUCUGAAAUUAGCCAAUGGUAUUAUGUGCCAUCUAAAUUGAAUCCGGUUGAUGUUGCCUCCAGAGGUAUGUCAGUGGAUGCUUUCCUGAAUUAUCCGGAAUGGAAAUCUGGUCCAAGUUUUUUAUGGAAAUGUCAUGAUGAGUGGCCUGAACAACCUGAUUUCUUACAUUCUGUGUCUGAUGGAAAUUUGGAAAUUAAGAAAGAAUUGCCUGAAAAAGGUUUUGCUGCUGUGAAAGAUCAACCAUGUGUUCUUGAUGAUGUCGUUGCUAAAUAUUCAAAUUGGUAUCACUUGAAGAAAAUAAUUGCUUGGAUGUUACGUUACAUAAACAAAUUAAAGUCAAUUGUUGGAUCAAACUGCAAUUUGAAAUCUGGACCUGUUGAAUCUUUAACUGUAGAAGAAAUGAUUCUGGCUGAGGUGCAAAUUAUAAAGCAUGAACAAAGAAAAUACUUUUCAAAAGAAAUUGAUGUUUUGUUCAAAGGAAAACAAAUUCCAAAAUCAAGUUCUUUAUGUAAUUUACAACCAUUCUUGGAAAACGGACUACUUCGUGUAGGAGGUAGGAUCAGAGCAGCAAAUGUUGAGUUUAAUGCAAAGCAUCCAAUUGUUAUCCCAAAAGAAAGUAAAAUUGCUUCUUUGAUAAUAGAUUAUGUCCACAGAACAACUGGUCAUAACGGUCGUGAAUAUGUGUUAGCUGAAAUAAAUCAAAAGUAUUGGAUCGUAAAAGGUAAUGCUUUGGUGCGAAGUGUUUUGAGAAGAUGUGUUCCUUGCAGGAAGAGACAACGUCCUCCUGAAUCUCGAUUAAUGGCGGACUUACCUGAGAAUCGCUUGAUACCGGAUAAACCUUCUUUCACAUAUGUUGCAGUGGAUUGUUUCGGUCCAUUCUUGAUCAAGCAAGGAAGGAGCGAGGUUAAACGUUAUGGUGUGCAUUUUACUUGUUUAGUGUCGCGCGCUGUACAUGUGGAAAUAGCAAACAGCCUGGACACUAGUGCUUUCAUUAUGUCUCUUAGAAGAUUCAUAGCAAGGAGAGGUCAAGUUAUUGAGAUGCGAUCUGAUAAUGGCACUAACUUCGUUUCUGGUGAACGAGAACUCAGAGAUGCCAUUAAAUCUUGGAACAAAAACCAAAUUCAUGAUUGUUUGUUACAGAAAAACAUCAAAUGGAUAUUUCAAACGCCUGCUUCAUCUCAUCAUGGUGGUGUGUUUGAGAGACAGAUUAGAACUAUAAGGAAAAUCUUUAAUGCUAUUUGCUGUGAACAAGUGUUGACAGAUGAGAGUUUAAGAACUCUUAUGUGCGAAUGCGAAAAUAUUGUGAAUGGACGACCGAUAACUACGGUAUCGAACGACCCUAAAGAUUUAACUCCAUUAAGUCCAAACAAUUUAUUACUGAUGAAAGAGGAACCAAUGCUUCCACCAGGUGUGUUUGAUCCCAAGGACAUGUAUGUUCGAAAGCGUUGGAAGCAAGUCCAAUAUCUCGCGGAUGUUUUCUGGAAACGUUGGAGAAAGGAAUUCCUUCCGCUUCUUCAAUGUCGACAAAAAUGA